AUGAGCUCCGAAAAAGCGCAUCUCCUGAUCGUUGAAGCACGGUUUUAUGACGACAUGUCCGACGCGCUGCUCGCCGGCGCGAUCAGCGCCAUCGAGGACGCGGGCGCAACCUACGACAUCGUCACCGUGCCCGGCGCGCUCGAAGUGCCCGCGGCGAUCGCCUUCGCGCAGGACGGCCGGACGCGCUAUGACGGCUAUGUUGCGCUCGGCAUGGUCAUUCGCGGCGAAACCUAUCAUUUCGAGUUGGUCUGCAACGAAUCCGCGCGCGGCCUGACCGAUCUCGCCGUGAACCACAAGCUCGCCAUCGGCAAUGGCAUCAUGACCGUCGAGAACGAGGAGCAGGGCUGGGCCCGCGCCGACAAGACCCGCAAGGACAAGGGCGGCGCUGCAGCGAGAGCCGCGCUGGCCAUGAUCGCGCUGCGUGCAAGGCUCGACGUGCGAUGA